AUGAAUGGCCGACACGAAGCUAUGGCUUCUCCUAAGUAUAGAGAUACAAGGGAAGUUCUCGUCGCCGAUGAAUGGCCGACACGAGAAACUUCAGCAAAAUCAAUGAAUCAACUGUCACCGCCGAUGAAUGGCCGACGCGAACAGUUGUUAGCUACCAAGGAAGUUCUCGUCGCCGAUGAAUGGCCGACACGAGAAACUUCAGCAAAAUCAAUGAAUCAACUGUCACCGCCGAUGAAUGGCCGACCGUCGUUUUACAGUUCAUCACGGGCUUAA